AUGAAAGCAAAGAAAGAUGCACUCAUGGAAACCAAAAACUCGAUCACAGGGACAAAUGCUACUCUCGGUACAACCACCACUGCUUCCACCAGCACAGCGUUGUGCAGCAGUGUGCUUCACUGUGACGAGGGCUGGGAACUUCGUGGGACAAAGUGCUAUAAUUUCUCUGUUGAAAGUCUCAAACUAACCUGGAGUGAGAGCAGAGAGAAGUGUCAGAGCAACGGAGGAGACCUGGUCCAGAUCAAGAGCCGAGACGAACAGGAUUUUCUGGAGGGAAGAGUGACUUCGCCUUCCUGUUGUGACAGAUUCUGGAUUGGACUGACAGACUCACAGACAGAAGGGGAAUGGCUGUGGUGCGACGGCUCUCCAUUGAACCAGAGGUGA